AUGGAUGCCGCAACUUUAUCCAUGAAAUCUUCUUCCUUCUUUUCCAAAACCCCAUCUCCAUUUUCUAAUUCUAAAUCCAUUCCGACUGUCUUUACAUUGCCUUCUACCCUUAAACCCCUCGUGAAAUGCACACAAUCUUCAUUCCCAUCAAACCCUGAUUCCUCCAAAAAGCCCUCAAUAAAUUCAACCACCUUUACAUGUUCAGCCGUGACUUCAUUUCCUUCCCAAUCUCACCCCCACGCUCCUUCAAACGUUUCUUCUUCAAGCAGCAAGCUCAAACUUCUGAUCUCAGAAUUCCAGGCCCUCGUCGAACCAAUCGAUCGCGUGAAACGCCUAUUGCACUACGCCGCACUCCUCCCUCCUAUGAGCGCGUCCGUUAAAACAACUUCAAAUCGCGUGCCCGGUUGCACUGCCCAGGUAUGGCUGCAUGUGAGUUUAGAUGAGGAGGGUAAAAUGAGAUUUUUGGCUGACAGUGAUUCGGAGAUAACUAAAGGGUUUUGCGCGUGUUUGGUUUGGUUGCUUGAUGGGGCUGGUCCUGAUGAGGUGUUAGCGUUGAAAACAGAGGACUUGAAUACUUUGAAUGUUGUGGGGUUGAACGGGAAAGGAGGAUCUGCAUCUAGGGUGAAUACUUGGCACAAUGUGUUGGUCAGCAUGCAGAAAAGAACAAGGGCUUUGGUGGCAGAGUGCGAAGGAAAGCCGCGAAGCGAGCUGUUCCCAUCUCUAGUAGUGACUGCUGAUGGUAUCCAACCCAAAGGGAGCUAUGCUGAAGCCCAGGCGAGGUUCUUGUUUCCUGAUGACUCAAGGGUCCAAGAACUUGUCAGUGUUCUAAAAGAGAAGAAAAUUGGUGUUGUUGCUCAUUUUUACAUGGACCCUGAGGUGCAAGGUGUUCUAACUGCAGCACAGAAGUUUUGGCCUCAUAUACAUAUAUCUGAUUCUUUGGUCAUGGCAGAUUCAGCUGUAAAUAUGGCAAAAUCUGGAUGUCAAUUUAUAUCUGUAUUAGGUGUAGAUUUCAUGUCAGAGAACGUGCGAGCUAUUCUUGAUCAAGCUGGAUUUCCAGAGGUUGGAGUUUAUCGGAUGUCAGAUGAACGCAUUGAUUGCUCUUUGGCUCAAGCUGCAUCCAGUCCAUCAUACAUGGAUUAUCUUACAGCAGCUUCAAUUUCUUCUCCAUCUCUGCAUGUUGUCUACAUAAAUACUUCUCUGGAGACAAAAGCAUAUUCCCAUGAGCUUGUUCCAACUAUAACAUGUACUUCCUCUAAUGUUGUGCAAACUAUUCUGCAGGCAUUUGCUGAAGUACCUGACUUGAAGGUGUGGUAUGGUCCUGAUACCUACAUGGGUUCAAAUAUUGUGGAGCUUUUUAGCCAAAUGACCAUGAUGACUGAUGAAGAAAUUUCUGAGAUACAUCCUUUACACAACAGAACCUCCAUUAAAUCCUUACUUCCCCGACUGCAUUAUUUUCAGGAUGGGACAUGCAUUGUUCAUCACCUCUUUGGUCAUGAAGUUGUUGGGAAGAUAAAUGAAAUGUAUUCUGAUGCAUUCCUUACAGCGCACUUUGAAGUUCCCGGUGAAAUGUUUUCGCUAGCAAUGGAAGCUAAAAAAAGGAGCAUGGGAGUAGUAGGUUCUACCUCGAACAUACUAGAUUUUAUCAAACUAAGGGUACAAGAGGCCUUGAAUAGAAACAUAGAUGAACAUCUUCAGUUUGUUUUAGGAACGGAAUCAGGAAUGAUUACUUCAAUAGUUGCAGCAGUCCGUAAAUUACUAGGUUCUGCCGACCCCUCUUCUGGGGGAGCAAAAGUUAGUGUUGAGAUUGUCUUUCCUGUCUCAUCGGAAUCAGUGACAACAACAUCUGCAAUUUCGUCUGUGGACCAAACUUUUGGUGAAAUGAGGGAUGCAUUGAAGGUCAAUGUUAUACCUGGAGUUGCAAGUGGAGAGGGGUGUUCUCUUCACGGUGGAUGUGCCUCCUGUCCAUAUAUGAAGAUGAACUCUCUUAGCUCGUUGCUCAGAGUUUGCCACAGCUUGCCCCAUAACAAAGCUGAACUUUCAGCUUAUGAGGCAGCACGUUUCAGUUUGCAAACCCCAAAGGGAAAACAAAUUGCGGAUAUUGGUUGUGAGCCGAUUCUGCACAUGAGACACUUCCAGGCAACAAAAAGAUUACCAGAGCAGCUUAUCAAUCAAAUACUCCAACCUUGUGAUAAUGGACGAUCGAGCUCGCAGAAUUAAAACGAAAGCUGGAUCGGAAGUGGUAAUUACUCAAUACAAAUGAAAGAUUACACCCCUUAACUAUACUUGGCAAGGCAAGGCUUGAAGGAAAAUUACGCCUGCCACAUUUUUUUCUGCUCAGGACAUGGAUUAUACAGGAAUUUUAUGCUGUGCGCAUGCCUUGAUUGUUCUGUUUUCUUACUUUUUCUUUAAUUUUCACUUGAUUUAGCGUGAUAAUAGAUUUAUAGAUGGAGGAAAAUGACAAUUGGCUUUUGUUUGGGCUGUAUCGGUUACAAAAUUUUGUUGGCAUUGUAAGUGUAGUUUCUGUUGUCAUGAUGCCACAAAAAUGGUUUUGGCGGUCCUGAAGCUGAAGUCAGAUAGCUGGUGUCUUCGCCUUCAGAAUGAAGUUAGAAUGAUAUUUUGCAUUGAAAAACAAUGAGCAACAAUAGUGAUAACAUUUUCUUCGGGGGAUGCCCUUAUUUA